AUGGCUAACAAACAACAAAUCUUGGAACAAGACAACCAAAGAAGAGCUCAGGGUCCUGUGACUGCCAGCGACCCUAUGCGGCUGCGCAUGGAAGCCUAUGUGAAAGACUUGCAAAAUCGAAUUGUAGAGGGUAUUGAAGCCGUGGAUGGUAAAAAGUUCACACGCUCAGUUUGGCAACGCCCUCACGGCGGUGAAGGCAUCACCUGCGUCAUGCAAGACGGGAAUGUGAUGGAAAAGGCGGGUGUAGCGGUAUCCGUUGUGUACAGCGAACUGUCCAAGGAAGCAAUAGAACAAAUGCGUCAAGACCGCGGUAAAGCUAUUGAAGUAUCUGACGAGCCUCUUCCAUUUUUUGUCACUGGCAUCUCACUGGUCAUGCAUGCCAAAAAUCCAAAUGCCCCGACGGUCCACUUGAACUAUCGUUAUUUUGAAAUUAUGGGUCCCGACGGCAACCCCAAGAUGUGGUGGUUCGGUGGCGGUGCCGACCUUACACCCAUCUACCUGUACGAGGAAGAUGCAGUUCACUUCCAUCAAACAUACAAAGACGCUUGCGAUAAGUUCGACAAGGACUACUACCCCGAAUUCAAAAAAUGGUGUGAUGAUUAUUUUAAGAAUACCCAUCGAGGAGAGCAACGUGGUAUUGGUGGCAUCUUUUUUGACGAUUUCAACCGUAAACCGGCUGAAGAGAUCUUCCCGUUUGUCCAAGCUUGCGGCGACUCGUUCCUGCCUUCGUACGUGCCUAUCUUGAAGAAGCGCUCGGCGAUGGAAUACACACCGGAGAUGGUCCAUUGGCAACAGCUACGCCGAGGCCGAUAUGUCGAAUUUAAUUUGUUGUGGGAUCGUGGUACGCGUUUUGGAUUGCAAACGCCUUGUGCUCGUGUUGAAGCCAUCAUGAUGACGCUCCCGCUGACGGCUCGUUGGGAAUACAUGCACGAACCUGAACCGGAAUCAAGAGAAGCCAAGCUUCUUGAUGUCCUUACAAACCCAAAAGACUGGGUUCCACUGGCUUAA